AUGGAGAUCAACAACUUUACUGGACUGACUUAUCUCCAAUUAGGAAAUAAUAGCUUCGUCGGUUAUGUACCCCCAAACAUAUGCAAAGGUGGAGCUCUAAAGUACCUCACUCUUUACAUGAGCAACUUCCAAGGUCCCAUUCUCAUGACCUUGAAAAACUGUACGACACUAGAAAGGGUUCGUCUUGAACACAACCAUCUCACCGGAGAUGUAUCUCAAUGUCUCGGAGUGUAUCCCCAUCUUUCUUAUAAGGAUUUGAGCUUCAAUCUAUUCUCCGGUACGCUCUCACCAGACUGGGCAAAAUGGCACGAUCUGACGCUCCUCAGAAUCUCAAAUAACAACAUCACCGGAGUCAUACCCACCGAGUUUGGACAGUUGACGAAACUGGGAGAGCUGGACCUCUCUUCCAACUACCUACAAGGAGAGAUCCCAAAGAGCUUCGGCAGCUUAACCCUUCUCUACAAUCUGAGCUUGGGCAACAACCAACUCGUCGGCCAUGUCCCUCUGGAGUUUGGAAUGCUGUCCAAUCUUGAACUGCUUGAUCUCUCAUCCAACAACUUGGCAGGAAGAAUCCCAGAUCAAUUAGGCAACUGCAUGAAACUCCGAUUGUUGAAGCUUAACAACAACAACUUCAGUGGAACCAUUCCUUUGGCCAUUGGUAAUCUGGUGUACCUUCAAGACACCUUUGACAUCAGCCACAACUCACUAACAGGGGAGGUUCCAUCCCAACUCAGCAAAUUGGUGGUGCUGCAAAGCCUGAAUCUAUCGCAUAAUUACUUGUCGGGUCAUCUUCCAUCUUCGCUAACGUAUAUGACGAGCUUGUCUACCGUAGAUGUAUCCUACAAUGAACUGGACGGCCCUGUUCCUGAUAGCCCAGCUUUCCGAAGAGCCCCGGCAGAGUGGUUUGCCCAUAACAAUGAUCUGUGUGGAGUUGUUCGAGGAUUGCCUCCAUGUGUUUCACUCGGUACUCCAACAACAGACGACCGAAGCAAGCGUCACAAAAAUGUUAUAGUAGCCAUCAUUGCUUCUGUGGUCUUCUUCCUUCUCUUGUUUAUAUUCAUUGGAGCAUUCCGCAAGAGAGAAAAAGAUACAGUACCUGUUGAUAAUAAUCACAUCAAAGAAGGUGCAUUCUGUAUAUUGAAUUUUGUUGGAAGAGACGUAUACAAGGACAUCAUCGAAGCCACCGAAGAUUUCGAUGCCAAGUACUGUAUCGGAAGCGGUGCAUACGGCAGUGUCUACAUAGCAGAGUUAGCAAGUGGGGAACUGCUCUCAGUGAAGAAGAUUCACCUACCAGACACUGAAGGUACAUGCGACGAGCAACCCUUUCAAACUGAGAUACAAACUCUUACUCAAAUUCGACAUCGCAAUAUCGUCAAGCUUUACGGGUUCUGCUCCUCUCCCCGACGCAAAUUUCUGGUGUACGAGUACAUGGAGAGAGGAAGUCUGGGAUCUGUCCUCCGAAGCGAGACUGCAGCUGAAUUGGACUGGGUGAAGAGGUUGAGCAUCGUGAAGGAUGUUGCUCGUGCUCUGUUCUACAUGCAUCAUGACUGCACACCGCCUAUCGUUCAUCGAGAUAUUACCAGCAACAACAUCCUACUUGAUUCAGAAUUCAAGGCUUGUGUUUCCGACUUUGGAAUUGCUCGACUACUGAAGCCAGAUUCAUCAAAUUGGACCAUGCUUGCAGGCACACGGGGUUACUUAGCACCAGAGCUUGCAUAUACAAUGAGAGUGACCACCCAAUGCGACGUGUACAGUUUCGGAGUGGUGACGCUGGAGUUACUGAUGGGAGAGUAUGGAGAAGUGCUCAUUUUCAUUCUGUUGUCUUCACCGAUCGACGAUAGCUUUGUGAAAGAUGUAUUAGACCGACGUCUACCCGUUCCGGAGGGUCAAGUUGCGGAUGAAGUAGUUGCAAUUUUGAGCUUGGCUCUUCGUAGCGUGGACAACCACCCUGAAUCACGCCCGACAAUGAAACAGGUCUCCGAGAAGUUAUGCGUGGUCAGAACACCCCCACCAAGCCUCCGAUCUAUUGAUGCAUUGAAGUUUUCUGACUUGAUGAGCGUGGAGAUAUGA